CCAUAGGCCUUUAUUUUCGAGUGAACAACGGUUACAAGACAUCUUUGCAUUUCGAUUAACGAAAGAUCACUUUAGAUUCGUGAUGGCUACCGGAAGAUUUAUUUCCAUUUCAGGGUUUGUCCCAUUCAGCAAGAGAAGCUGGCUAAGUAAGCUUUCUUCAUGUCAGUUUUCAACAUCGAGAAGGGUAGAUGGCCAUGUGCACAUGAAGUAUGAAGUUAAAAAUGGAAUUGCUGUGGUCAAACUUGAUGCCCCAAACUCCAAAGUCAAUACAGUUAAUUUUGAAACCAUGGCUGAGUUUAAAGAGAUCAUGGAUGCCAUUACGAAAGAUGCAAAUAUCCGUGCAACUGUUUUGAUGUCAAGGAAACCAGGCUGUUUCAUGGCAGGUGCUGAUAUCUCAAUGCUUCAGAAAUGUAAAUCAGCAGAAGAAGCUUCCAAGAUAUCGAAAAUAUGCCAAGAUUUACUGCAGGAGGUAGAACACAGUAAAAAACCUGUUGUGGCUGCCAUAAUGGGUUCCUGUAUAGGUGGAGGACUUGAGGUUGCCAUGGCAUGUCAUUAUCGUAUUGCUGUUACCGAGAGUAAGACAGUUUUGGGAUUACCUGAGGUACUUUUAGGCCUGCUUCCUGGUGGCGGGGGUACACAGCGUUUUUUGCAGUUAACAUCCCUUCCAACUACCCUGGAUAUGGUCCUAACUGGGAAAAGUGUUAAGGCAGACAAAGCUAAAAAGUUGGGUCUAGUUGAUAUGACUGUACAACCUUUGGGCCCAGGAUUGGAUAAACCUGACCAGCAAACUUUGCAGCAUUUGGAAAAAGUGGCUGUUCAGACAGCUGAAAAUUUAGCAUCUGGCACACUAAAGGCCAAGCGCGAAAAGCCAAUCACCGAUCGCAUCCUGGCAGCAGCAUUAAAGUAUAAUUUUGUCAAAGAUUACAUUUUCAACAAAGCCAAAGCGCAGGUGAUGAAGCAAACCAAUGGGCUAUACCCAGCACCUUUAAAGAUCUUAGAAGUGUUACGAACAACUGUAGAUAAAGGAUUUGAAGCCGGAUACGUUGCUGAAAAUCAAGGCUUUGGUCAGUUGACUGCGACUAAAGAAUCACGAGGAUUAAUUGGCUUGUUUCAUGGCCAAACAGAAUGCAAAAAGAAUAGAUUCGGAAAACCUGAACGUUCGGCAAAAACGAUUGGCGUCAUAGGCGCUGGUUUAAUGGGGGCUGGUAUAGCACAGGUUUCGGUUAAAGGAUUUGAAGUUCUGCUUAAAGAUGCAACUGCUAGUGGUCUAGCACGUGGGCAAAAUCAAGUGUAUGCUGGGUUAGAUAAAUCAAUGAAGCGAAAAAAAAUUACUAGUUUCGAACGCGAUCGUAUUGCCUCCAAUUUAGUUGGAACGCUAAGCUACGAGCCCUUCAAACAUUGUGACAUGGUAAUCGAAGCUGUGUUUGAAGAUUUAGCCCUUAAACAUCGUAUCGUCAAAGAAGUGGAAAAUAUUAUCCCAGAACAUUGCAUCUUUGCGACAAACACUAGUGCGUUACCAAUUACGAAAAUUGCAGAAGCCAGCAAGAGACCCGAAAAGGUCAUUGGCAUGCAUUACUUUUCUCCAGUCGACAAAAUGCAAUUGUUGGAGAUCAUUACUAACCCGAAAACUUCACGCGACACGAUUGCGUCAGCUGUAGAUGUUGGCCUACGACAGGGUAAAGUUGUUAUCACAGUAGGCGAUGGUCCGGGUUUUUACACUUCACGCGUUCUCUCCUUUAUGAUGGCUGAGGCCUACAGGCUUCUGCUGGAAGGAGUCGAACCACGAAAGCUUGACAAACUGGGUAAAAGUUUCGGUUUCCCUGUUGGUCCGGUUACGUUGACGGAUGAAGUAGGUAUUGAUGUCGGCGCCCACAUUGGAGAAUACUUAACCAAGUGUUUUGGUGAGCGUUUUGCGGGAGCAAAUCCGGAAGUUCUAAAUUCCUUAGUCAAGGCCGGAAUUACUGGUCGAAAGUCAGGAAAGGGCUUCUUUGUGUACGAGAAAGGAUUCAAAGGCGAGAAACCAGUUUGCACCGAGGCUCUUGACGUCCUUAAAAAAUAUUCGCUGGUUCCCAAAGGAUUACAAAGUGAUGAGGAUAUCCAAUUUAGACUAGCUUCGCGUUUCAUUAACGAGGCGUUGUUGUGCCUAGAAGAAGGUAUUCUUGCCAAUCCGGCGGAAGGCGAUAUUGGAGCCGUUUUUGGCUUGGGCUUCCCUCCAUUUACUGGUGGACCUUUCCGAUUCGUGGAUGAAUUUGGAGCUGACAAACUAGUUACCAUUAUGAGAAAAUUUGAAGCUGCAUAUGGCAAGUGUUUCACGCCUUGCCAAUUGCUACUGGAUCACAGCAAAAGCAACAAGAAGUUUUACGUCCGUGCUUAGAGAGCUACGCUCAGUCUGUUUUUGGGUACACCCAAAGUGGUGCAUCCAUUAUAUAGGCUUGCACAAUCAAUGCAAUUAGAAAGGGCCAAUUAGGCUGCUGAUAAAAGGGAAUGUUUUUUGUAAUUUUUAAAAAAUAGCGAAUGUUGAAUUAAACUUUAUAUUUCACGGG